AUGGGUGUGACGUAUGCAGCAGCUCAUGAAGAAGAGCAACGCAUAACGAAUUUCAUACUCUGCAAUGACCACAACAGGAGCACUAAUGAAUUCUUGCUGGACGCCGGCAUACAAGCGAUACCGCAAUUAUUGCGUCUGCUCUUCCACGACACCGCGCGGUUACACUUUCGUUUGAGUUUCUAUACGCGCGUCUUGAACGAAACGGAUUUUCUUUUCGCCAGCAGCGAACUAACGUUGGAGCAUCACCUGGACAUUAGAGAGACUGUGGAUGUGCUAAUUCUUAUGUUGCUGGAGAAAAUCGAGGCUUAUAUGUAUGCCUGCUAUCCGACGCGCGCUGCGGACUAUAGCGUAAAGCGCAUAAAGAUUUACGUACGGCGCGAGCUGAACUCAAACUCCUCCUCGUUAACGCAUACGCCCCCAAAAUGCAUACUACCGCUACAGUAUCGUGUGAAGCAUACCAACGCAGCGCCAGCCACAAAGCCGAUUAGCGCGAAGGCUGCCGCCGACGCGAACCUGUAUUGCUUCCGCGUUUGCGGCGCACCCAAGAGUUUGCAGCGCGCACAACAAACUUGGGAUCGCGUCGGCUGUGGCGCCCAUUAUAUAAUGUUGCAGAGUGUAGAUGGCGCUCAGCAACAACUUUUGGAGAUUUCGAACAUAUGUCGCUUUCUACGCACCGAUGAGGAUGAUCGUGUGCACACCUGCUCUCAGUGCAAGGCGAAUUUUACACAACGCACUAAGUUACAGCUACACAAAGCGCUCGAUUGUUGA